CUUGCGCCCGCCGCCCCCACCGAUUCCCCCUCUCUACAAUACAGUUGAAAGUAUUAGCGCGUUCUGAAGCCGCCACCAGACAGUCGAACCUCGCAACCACCACCAUUUGCAUCUCACAGACACUUAGAGAUAAAAGAGAUAUAUCAAUAAUCUAUUAAUACAUUCAUUAAUAGAUCAAUUUAUCCUAGAGAUCUGAUAAUAUUGCGGAUUCGAUUUUUACCUCUAUCAAUCUUGUGUAUUUCAUAGCGGGUUUUUUUUUUCGGCCGGCGCGCGAAGAAACGCUUCAAUCGAUCCCGUUUAACGAAAGACUUUUGAGAAUAGUUGGCGACAGUCUCCACGACGAUCCGUCGUUCUCUUCCUCCCUUUCUCCCAAUUACAUUCCUUAUACUUCUACCUUUCCAGUUAUAGGACGCUCUUGUUUAUUGGUGAAGUUUUGUUGUGGAAGGACUUCCGGGUUUGUUUAAGACAUGAGUUUGAGGUCGGUGCGUGCUUUGGGAUCAAUAUCGGGCCGGUUCGGAUAGGAAUAAAUCGCUCUUUCUACAAGUUUUGGCAAGUACAAAUUACCCAAAAUACUUUACGUCGGAUAAGAUGUGGAUCCUCCUGAUCUGUGGAAUGCUGGUGGCGUUGGGUCUUGGAAGUUCGGGCUUCCUCUUGGACGGUUCAACAAAUUCUUACUCUCAGUUUCGCAAGUGGGGCGGCGGAACGAAUGGAAGUCUCGAGUUUGAGUUUAAGACGGAUCAACCGAAUGGCAUGCUAUUGUAUACGGACGACGGGGGUACCUACGACUUCUUCGAGAUCAAGCUGGUAGAAGGUGCACUCAGACUGAGAUACAAUCUAGGCGGAGGCGCUCAGAUUCUCACCGUUGGACGUGAUCUAAAUGAUGGUCACUGGCACAAGGUUCACGUGCAGCGACAUGAGGACCGCACAAUCCUUGCUGUUGAUGGCGUUUCGCAGCUGCGAACGUCGCGGGGCAAGGAGUUCAACUUCGGUCGAUUCUCUACCAACAGCGAGGUCUUUGUCGGCGGUAUGCCCACAUGGUACAACACUAAGUUAACUCUUUUGGCAUUACCGAGCGUCAUCUUCGAGCCUCGUUUCGUGGGAGCCGUUAGGAAUCUGGUUUACGCUGAUCAAGAAGGUGGCCCGCCACGCAGACAGGAAACCCGCCCCAAGGACCACAGGUGCGACAACGGGAUUGUGGCCGGAGCAGAGGGUGUUUGUCAACCCCAGUCGAGGGUGAGUUUCACUCGCGUAGACAAGCAACCGCCGGACACCGACCAAAAAAGAAAAUAAUAAUAAAAGAAUAAAAAUAAAUAACAGAGCGAAAUAUACUUUAAAAAAA